GAACCAGAAGCUUUCUUACACGGCAGGAUCCGUGGUUUGUGUCCCUUGGGGCAGAGGAGGAAGGAAGGAGGGAUACGUUCAAGCUGUCCCAUGGCGGCAGACACCUCUUGCUGGCCUGGCAGGGCAGGAUGGUUCUGGGGAUGGCCCUCGUGGACUCCGCCUUGCCCUGAGCCUUCCCCCGGCGCCGGGCAGGUGUCUGGAGCGGGUCUCCCCACGGGUCCCGGCGGUGCUCCCGGAGGAAGGGCAUCCGGAGGGGAGGCGGGGCUGUGCCUGGUGCCGCCCCGUGACGCCCCGCCGGAAGCGGGCGCGGCGGGGCCGCCGGUGCCGGUGGCGGCCGUGCCGCCAUGGAGUUCCCGGACCUGGGCGCGCACUGCUCCUGGCCCGCCUGCCAGCGCCUGGACUUCCUUCCCCUGAAGUGCGAUGCCUGUGAGCAGAUCUUCUGCACCGACCACAUCGCUUAUGCCCAGCAUGACUGCACCUCUGCCUACAAGAAGGAUGUGCAGGUCCCAGUGUGUCCCCUCUGCAACACCCCAGUCCCUGUGAGGCGGGGGGAGAUGCCUGAUGUUGUGGUGGGUGAGCACAUUGACCGUGACUGCAAGUCUGACCCUGCACAACGCAAGCGCAAGAUCUUCACCAAUAAGUGUUUGAAGCCUGGUUGUAAGCAGAAGGAGAUGAUGAAGGUCAUCUGUGACCAGUGCCACAAGAACUACUGCCUCAAGCACCGGCACCCCCUGGACCAUGACUGCAGUGGGGCAGGGCAUCCCCUUUCCAAAGCAGGGCAUGCUGCAGUUACCAGAGCCCAGGCAUCCUCCUCCAAAAUAGUCACCGCAUCAAGCAGCGGAGCUGCCCGGCCAGCAGACAGCUCCUCUUCCCUGGCCUGUGCCAGGGGAGGCAGAGCAGCUGCGUCGCAGACUCGCAGCACCUCCCCUCCAGCUGUCAUGCUGCAGAAUGGGCUGAGUGAGGAAGAGGCAUUGCAGCGAGCUCUGGAGAUGUCCCUGGCAGAGUCGGCACGCACCUCAGCACAGCAGCCCAGCAGCACACAGGAGGAGGAGGAUCUGGCACUGGCCCAGGCACUGUCAGCGAGCGAAGCCGAGUACCAGCAGUCGCAGCGGCAGGUGCACGGUUCAAAGCCAUCAAACUGCAGCAUGUCGUAGGCAGGUGAGGUGGGGUGUGCCAGCGGACACAGGACCUGCUUGUGACCUGAGGAGCGGCUCUGGCCUCCCACACGGAUGCCAUGGGGUUCUGGCCUGGACACUGGUACCAAGAGCCCCUUGCCAAGGACAGCUCAUCUCCCUGGGAGCUGUAAGCAACCAAAUAUACACUGACACUUCAGCCCUAGUACCUAUAUAAAAUUAGUGCAGCAAAUUGCUGAUGCUGCUGGGGAGGUGAAGGCUGUACAGGACGGGGCUGGGUACACACCAAAGCAAGCAGCAGCCCAGGGUCUGCACUUACCCACAGUUGCCACAGCCGUGUCCCAACACUGCUGGGACUGUGGGGCGAGGGCAGAGCUGUGUGGGGACAUAUCUGCAUGCUCAAACAUACAGCUGGGAUGUAGCUGCCUUCUGUAGUGGGGGGGCUGGAUUCCAUGCUCUGGGAAGGGCUGUGCCAGCCCCUCAGCAAAGAGCAAAAGCGGCUGGAAUGGUCUCUUGCCUGGGCAUGGCAUGGAUGAAUGUGCAACCUCCCAGCAGUGUGAAAGCAGCCCAUUCCCUGCUCCCCACACCCUCGGUGCUCCCUGCUGUUUGCAUGUACAAGAGCACGUUGGGCCUUACCCUGCUUGGCUGGGGCACAAGACCUCUCUGACACUGAAUGGAGCUGCAUUUCCUUUCUGGUUUAAUAUAAUAAGUAACCUUGGCAGUGACUUGAAUGGCAGCGUCACUCACAUGAGAUGGUUGCAGCUGCCUUCCUGCUGCCCUGCACUUAAAACAGGGCCCUGUUUAAAUGCUGCUGGGGUAGGAAUGCCUCCCUUCUUCCAGUUGUGUUGCUGGGGAUCCCCUCCUGGAUAGCAAUAGCACAGAACCCCUCCUUACAGACAAAGCCCUGAGCCUAGAGCCUGUUUGGGCAGAGGAGAUUUGUCCUGCUGGCCUCUUGCAGGGGAUCUGCAGCCAUGCAGAGCUGUGCUGCUUUCCCACCUGCUGCUGUAGCGGUUCCUGCCUGCAGGGCUGUGCCGGGUUCUACACAGGACUGGGCUGUCCUGCUCUGAGCAGCUGAGGGAGGAGGUUCAAGCUGGGUCCAGGGAAUGUGUAGACUUGUCAAAGUGCUGCUUGGGAGAAAAUAAAAGCAUAGCACAAGGUACAGAGGUA